AUGAAGCACAACGUCCUUUUCCAGAUCGCCCUGGCGCUCCCCUCACUGACAGCGGCAUCGAUCUGUAACAACAACUGCGGCCGCCAAGUCGUUGGUACUGCUCGAAAGGACCCUUCUUUGUCCUCAAGAUCGUCGCUCUGCGCGGCUUUCGUCACCACCACUGUGACAGAGGCUGGCGCCGCGCCUUCUGCCGCCAAGAGAAAUGUCCAUGGUCCCCGCCAGGCUUUCGCUCCUGUGAUCACAGGCACGAAGCCUGCUUACGCCUCCUCGUGCCCCGACGUCACCGCGUACUGGUCCGCUUGCCAGUGCUUCGAAGGCGUCAAGGCAACCACGAUCACAGUCGUCGGACCAGGUCCCUCGUCGACCUCGUCUGUGUCUCCCAGCUCGACCAUCUCGGACAGCCCCGUUUCGCCUACCCCGGAGCCGCCGAGCCCGACCUUCACCUCGACCACGACAACCUCGUCCAGCGCCAGCACACCCACGUGCACCCCGGGCCUCGAGUAUGCUCUUUACUCCAUUGACCGUAACUCGGAUCUGUGCCAGAACUACAUCAACGUCCAGGGCAACAGCCCGCGCAACUUUAAUCUCAACCGCCUCAUAGGGGGCAGAACCCCCGUCCUCACCGGUGUGACCCAAAGCAUCGGGUUCUCCAACAACGGAGAUGAAGCCUUGGCCCCUCUGAGACUUUACGGGACCCAGGGUCCGGCGGGAACAACCUCGACGUGCUCCAUCGUCCAGCACCGCGGCUAUAUCAACGUCACGCCCGGAGUCUACACCGUCUUCGCCAACCAGCCAGACGAUGACCUGCUCCUGUGGUUUGGGAACAAUGCCAAGUCGGGUUCGUUUGCCGCUGGCAACAGCGACGUGUAUGGACUCUGGGCUUCGCCGGAGCAGUCCAAGCUUGUCGACACUUUUGUGUUCACUGAGUCGGCAUACAUUCCUUUCCGUGUCUACUGGGAUAACAGAGGCGGGCCUGGAGAUCUCAAAUUGGAGGUCAAGAAUAGCACGGGGGAUGUCAUUCUUGGAUUCAACACCCAGCAGAGCCAGAAUGUCGUGUACAAGUGCGCUGGUGGGGACGCGCCUGCUUUCCCCGCGUGGCAGGAUGAGGCUGUCGCUGGCGGCUGA